AUGUCCGGACGCGGUAAGGGAGGCAAAGCGAAGAGCGGUGGCAAGGCCAAAUCUCGCUCGGCUCGAGCUGGCCUCCAAUUUCCCGUUGGACGUAUUCAUCGAAUGCUUCGGAAAGGAAACUAUGCUGGUCGAAUUGGUGGAGGUGCACCUGUCUACUUAGCUGCUGUUUUGGAGUACCUAGCUGCUGAAGUGCUCGAGUUGGCUGGCAAUGCAGCUCGUGACAACAAGAAGACUCGAAUCAACCCUCGUCAUCUGCAGCUGGCUGAGGUGUUCUGCCGAAUAUUCAAGCUGUGCUAUUGCCUAAGAAGACGGCGGGAGACAAUGAAUGAAAAAAUGAAUUCUUCUUGUGCGUUUCAAUCUUGAAGCAAUUCAAAAAUGUGAUCUACAUGUACUUUUACUCUUCUAGGCAACUUAACUUGCUUAAGGUGGCUGUGUUUUGAUUGAAAUGUUGUAACAUGGUUCUUCUGUAAUAGGUGAUGUGUUGUGUUGUAAAAAAAUCUUUUUGAACAUUUCAAGUGUUUUUUUUUAUUUCAUUCGUUGGGUACUUUGCAUGUUCUUUGUAUACAAUAAAACAUACUGUUCA